AUGAACCAUUACCUCGAUGUCAACCUCGACUCCCUUCCCCCUCCGUCUCGUUUUCGUCGACCAUGGUCUCCAGACCCUUACGAUCCUCUUCCCCCAGCUUCCUCAAAUCCUAAUGUCAAUCGUCGGGAACCGUCCGACGCCUCCAUCGAGGCCCUCGACCUCGCCGACUACGCGCGCACCCUCCAACAACCUCACCAACCGUACCCAGCAUUCUAUCCGCCGUCUCCCCAUGUACUUGCCAGCAGAACAGACUCUCCUUCAUUACCCUCGCUGACAUCUAGAGUCGGCACCCUUUCCUCCAACUCUCGCACGCACGAGUCCUCUUCAUCGCGAUACCCGACACGAAGGCCAUUCUCGCUGCCAUCCGCCCCUUCGCCUCGUCAUCGCCAAUCCCCUCUCUAUACUUCCCAGCGGCCUAUUCAGUUCCCGGAUGACCCGAAUGGCCAAUACUCACCGCACAUCAAUCCAUCAUCAGCAGAAAUAGACAUUUCUCAGUUCCCUAGAUGGUCCCGGCAAUGGUACAAUUCGAAGUCCCGCAACAAGUCCCCACUAGACGAUGGAUAUGACUUGCCAGAACCUCUGCCAUACAGAAACGAUCGUGACCGCGAUCCAUUUGACCCGUCUAAUACACCAUCCCAUUCAUCUUACAACCCAUACAGAGGGGAUUCCCCUUCUGGCCCCCCUUCAUUCGGCCAUCAGUCAUCCCGCGACCUCUUGCCAUGGUCUGGAGACCCUCCGUCAUACGAUCUCCCACUUGACUCCUCGAUCAAAGAGGAACGAAUGCGCAUGCUUGAGCGGGAGUUCGGUGACAACCCUAAGCGCCCGAAAUUCAAAGACCCCAAGGGCAAUGGCAAGAUGGAUCCCGCGUUUCUGGAUGACGAAGGUAGACCGAUUGUCGGGACGGUCGAUGAGAAGGGGAAUCUAGUUACUCAAGGCCCGAGAAAGAGAAUCGUUAUCAGGGCGUUACAAAUAAUCCUUGCGUUGGGCGCGGCCAUUCCAGCGUUAUACGCUGCCCUCGCGAUUAAACCCAAUCCACCCGCCCCUCCGUCCAAUACCGCCCCCGUCUAUGUCCUCUACGUCUUCUCUGUCCUCACCACUCUUCUCCUCAUCUACCUCUUUGUCCUUCGACCUUGUUGCUUCAGGCGCAAGCUUCCCUCAGCGGGUAUAGGCCAAGGUAUGGGCCCGCCAGGUAUGAUGGUUCUGCCUGUAAACCAGCUCCCCGGUAGUAAGGGAAAGCAGAACAAGCAGAAAGGCAAAGGCGGGAAGAAGGGAAAGAAGGGCUACGGCCCGCCUCAAGUGCAAGACGUCCAAGUCAACCUCAUCGUCGACCCCAGCGCUCUCGCACCCCCGGAUAUCUCAUCCUCGGAGUCCGACUCAGAGUCCCGGGACGAUUCGUACGAGUUUCCUGGCGGGUAUGACAGCCAAAGGCGCCGCGAACGCAAUCGCGCGAGGGCGAAGAGGCAGAAGAGGCGCUCGAUAUUCACGGGGCUGGCGAUGGAGGAGCACUGGCUCGCUGCGCGCAAGUAUGUCAAGCGGCUGGCGGUCAUGGACGGGCUCCUGGUGCUUUUGUGGGCUGCGGAGUUCGUUUUUCUGUUGAGUGGGGUUGGGCAGACUGCUAGCACCGGGGAGGAUGGGAAGGAGGUGAAGAAGGGGUGUCCAAGUGGGAGCUUUGAGGGAUGGUGCGAUGCAUAUAAUACAUCGCUGGCAGCUGCGUGUCUGUUGGCGGUGUGCUCCGGCGCGAGCCUGUUCUUUGGUGUGAAGGAUCUGGGCGCGAGCAAGGUCUCUCCGAGAAGUCGGAUGUGA